AUGGCAGACAAUAAACCUACUGGUGCUCCUGCCGAUGAGAUCGAGCUUGUUAAGAGACAAGAACAGGAAGUAAUGCCCAAUGCUUAUCACGAUGUCAGCGACGAGUACCCAGCGAAGAAAAGGAAGAGUGUCCUCCUCAAGAUGGAUCUUCACAUUAUACCAUUGCUUAUGAUUCUCUAUUCGACAGUGCUCUCUUAUAUCGAUAGAGCUAAUAUCGGAAAUGCAAAAAUUGAAGGCAUUGAGGCAGACUUGGAUCUGUCACCAAAACAAUACCAGAUCACCUUGUCGAUCUUCUUCGUUAGUUAUAUUUUUUGUGAGGUACCUUCGAACUGGAUCCUCGAGGGAUACUUCUCGCAGAGGCCUUCGCUCUACAUCGGCAUUAUCACAGUCCUUUGGGGUAUAAUGAUGACACUUCACGGCGUUGUCAAGAAUUUCAAUGAAAUUGUGACCGUCCGCUUCAUCAUGGGUAUCUUUGAGGCCGGCUUCUUCCCAGGCGCAAUAGCUCUGCUCAACAAGUGGUACACCAAGUACGAGCUAGCCACGAGGCUAGCUCUGUUCUACACGGCUUCUGCUCUCUCGGGCGCUUUCUCAGGCUUGCUGGCUUAUGCAAUUGCCAAGAUGGAUGGUGUUGCUGGCCAGGAGGGUUGGAGAUGGAUCUUCACUAUCGAGGGUAUUGCCACUAUCUUCAUAGGCUUCAUUACCCCCUUUUUACUUCCUGAUACCCCCGAAAGAAGGCCUAAUUGGCUGACGGUUGAGGAGUGCGACUACCUCAUCCGCCGUAUGGUAGCACAGAAUGGCGGCGAGAGAGCUGAUGAAGAGGGCCAGAAGCUCACCCUCGCCCUCAUCAAAGAUGUCGUCACCGAUUGGCAGUACUAUCCUCUUAUACUAUGCUACUGGAGCAGCACAGUCCCAAUCUACGGCAUGAAGUUUACUCUACCUCAGAUUAUCAAGAAUAUGGGUUACUCAUCUAGUAACGCCCAGCUACUUAGCAUUCCUCCCUAUGUUGCAGGUGCUAUUAGCUCGGUCGGGUUCAAUAUGCUUGGCGACAAGAUGCGUCGCCGCAGUUAUUUUCUCAUCAUCCCUCAGGUUCUUGUGGUUAUCUCCUACUGUAUUAUCACACCUCUUUCGUCACACAUCGCCGAUCACAUCGGUGCUUGCUUCUUCGCUGUCAUACUUUUGAACAUCGGUGUGUACCCGAUCAAUCCCGGUACUUCAUCGUGGGCGAGCAACAAUUCUGCUGGAGCGGCUAAACGCAGUGUCGCGUUGGCGUACGUCCUAUCGAUCGCAAGUAUUGGCGGUAUCUUUGCGAGCUACAUCUUCAUUGACAGUGAGGCACCGGGAUAUCCUACGGGCUUUGGUGUCUCUAUGGCGGCAGCAAUCGUGGGCAUCUUUUCCGUUUGUUUCUUGGACUUGUACUACAAGAGAGUCAAUAAGGAUCGAGACCAGAUGUCAAUCGAAGAGAUCUCGGAGAAGUACAGCGAGGAGGAUUUGGCGAGACUUGGAAAUCGCAGCCCACUCUUCCGCUACACUCGCUAG